UAGUCAAAUACUUCGUAGUACGUUUCAGUCAAAAUAUGAUUCUACGGCAAUAAGCAGUUGCGAAAGUUUUUCCAAAUUCAAGCACUCCAUGCUUACUCAAUCAAUAAAAUUUGUGUCAAUAUAUUUAUGUAUGUAUUCGUUGUAAAUGCUGCACCACGCGAGACUCGUAGCAGUUGCUUUCAAAACUAAAAAAAAAAAGCACCGCCUCAAUGUUGAAUGUAGCUCGAGUUUGCACAAUUUCAUAAAAUUUUUGGUUUCUAAAAGCACAGAACGAAAUUCGUGAUUUUCUUCAAAAGCCAAGAUACAAAAAAAAAAAUAAUAAUAUAAAAGAACCCAACACAAAUCAGCGCAAAAAUUGAUGAGAAGAUCAACAUGUGCAGUCUAGACGAUUUCUUUGCUAAGAAGGACCGUAAGAAGUCCACAACAAAAACAAAUUUCUUGGCCGCCGACGAGCUCUAUCGCACACUGGAGGAGACCGCCAAGGCGGCCCAGGAGGUGGACAGCGCCGAGAAGCUGCAACUGGAGGCGACCAACAAUCAGAAUCAGCAGAAUUCGUCGCUUGAAUUCGGCGUACGCUUCUCCGACGAGACCAUCGAUGAGGAGGAUGAGUGGUGCGACUUCACUGAGGAGCACGAUCAGCCAUUUCCCAAUCUCAAACGCAACUCCAAGCUGAUAUUGGGCGCAACCGCUGCCAGCGAGAAUGUGAAGCUGACUGACGAGAACUGUCCCUACCAGGACACGGGCGGCGAUGGCCUGGGCGUCGGCUCAACCCAAGACGAGCUGAGCAAGCCAGCGUGUCCCUGGCUGAAGCCCAACGAGCUCACCAGCCUCUCAAGUCCACCCAAGGUCAUGGAGGCGGCUCUGCUGUCUCAAUCACAAUUGCAGUCGCAGUUGCAGUCGCAGUCGCCGUCUGAGUCGCAGUCCCAAUCACAGACCCCACUCAAGACUCAGCCAAAUGUUGUGCCCAAGAAGCAAGUGUAUGUGCCGCCGGCUCUGCGCCAGAGCCAGAGCGAUUUCAGUGUUCGUUCACGCAAGCAGUCGACUACUAUGGCCAUGAAGCUGGCCAAGGGCCAGGCGCCCGAUAUAAAUAAUGUCGACUUCUUUCCAUCACUCAAUCAAUCUCGCAUGUCAAAGCGUGCCAAGUAGUUUUCGCAUUCAUAAUUUUUUUCUGUUUUUUCUAGUUAACAAAUUUAAAUUUGCAACAAUUAAAGCUUGAGUCCCGAUUAAAAAGAA